GCUCCAUCCUCUUUUUUACGUAUCUGAACUACAUCAUAAAAUACUUACAAUAUGGAGACUGACACUGCAUCCAUUCCUGGCUAUGCCAUUUACCGCCAACCAGCAGAUACCAAAUGCUGCUCUUCAAUCCCAUCGACAUCCACAACCAAGCCCAACCAUCCCUUGGAUCAGCUCACGGUCACUGAAAUACCUGUUGUUACAAAGCUGAUACGCAAUCAUGCAAACCCUCGGCAAAUCAAGUUCAACUCGAUCACGUUACGUGAGCCUCCAAAGAAGGAAUAUGCAGCAUUCCGCUCCGCUGGAGGCCCUCGGCCAGACCGAAAGGCGAUUGCAAUUGUAUUCGAGACAGGUUCUUCAAAUUGUGCUGAAGUCAUUGUCAACCUCACCCACAACAGUGUGGAAGACUGGAAACAAAUGACGGAUGUCAUGCCUACAUUGACCCUCGAAGACCUCGAUUUCACCGAGAGUCUUACGCGAAGUGAUCCUCGUGUGAUUGAGGCAUGCCGUGAGAUUGGAAUCACCGAUAUGUCAAAGGUCUAUGUUGACGCAUGGUCUAUCGGACACGAGGAACGCUGGGGAUUCGAUACCCGGCUUCAGCAAGGUCUCGCAUAUUACCGCAGCUCAGAACACGACAACCAAUACGCACAUCCCCUGGACUUCAGUGUUGUCGUUGAUACUGAGAAGAAGGAAAUCCUGAGUGUCGACAUUCGCCGAGUGAACGGAGAGAGAACUGCUGUACCCAUGGACGAACACAAUUAUCUUCCCGAGUUCGUUAGCAAUGCGUACAAACCGGAAAGAUUAAAGCCAAUCAAUGUUACCCAACCUGAGGGAGUCUCGUUCUCUAUAGACGGAAAUGAGCUGUCUUGGUGUGGUUUCAGUAUGCACGUUGGUUUUAACUACCGUGAAGGUAUCGUUCUUUCCGACAUCCGCGUUGAUGAUCCUUACGAAAAUCGAGAGCGGACUCUCUUCAACAGGAUAAGCAUAGUGGAGAUGGUAGUCCCCUAUGGAUGUCCUGAGCCACCUCAUCACAGGAAACACGCUUUUGAUGUCGGUGAAUAUGGGACGGGAUUCAUGACCAACUCGCUCAAGUUAGGAUGUGAUUGCAAGGGGGCGAUCCACUAUCUUGACGGAGUUAUGGCAAUAUCUACAGGUGAGGCCGCAGUUGUCAAGAACGCCAUCUGCAUCCACGAAGAGGACAACGGUUUGCUCUACAAACAUACAGAUUUCCGUGAUGGGAGAGUCAUCUCAGCACGUGAUAGGAAGCUCAUCAUUUCUCAGAUCAUCACAGCAGCAAAUUACGAGUACGGUUUCUAUCAUAUUUUCCAUUUGGAUGGCACAUACCAACUUGAGGUGAAGCUAACUGGAAUGCUUAAUACCUAUCCCCUGCAUCCGUCAGAGGAAGCCGCACCAUACGGUACCGAAGUUGCAAGACGCGUGACCGCCCACAACCACCAACACAUCUUCUCGUUACGCAUAGAUUCAGAGAUAGACGGUCCGAAUAAUACCGUGAUACAGUGUGAUGCUGUAGCGGCGGAUGAUGCUGUCGGAUCGCCAGGAAAUUACUACGGAAACGCUUUCUACAGCAAAAAGACUCCAUUGAGAACAAGCAAAGAGGGCGCCGCACAAUACUGCCACGAGACUAGCCGAACAUGGGAUAUUGUCAACCCGAACGUCCUCCACCCUGUUGCGAAGAAACCAGUAUCGUAUAAAAUCGUUAGUCGGGAAAGCGCCCCUCUGUUAGCCAAACCCGGGAGUAUCGUUUGGAAGCGUGCAGGCUUUGCACGCAAGACUCUCUGGGUUACGCCGUAUCGGGACUAUGAGCUGUUCCCCGCCGGUGAUUAUGUCAGUCAAUCACAGGGGACAAUCGGACAUCCACAGAAUGAGACGGUAGUCGACUGGGCAGAAAGAGACGAGCCCAUUGAGAACACUGACAUUGUAUGCUUCUUACAAUUCGGUAUCACGCAUUUCCCCCGCACAGAGGACUUCCCUAUUAUGCCUGCUGAGCCAGUCAGCAUAAUGAUGCGUGCGUCAAAUUUUUUCCUCAAGAACCCCGCGUUAUGGGUUCCUCCGACGACCGUUGAUGCCGAUACUUUGUCAAAGCUGGCUGAUCCGUUGUCAAAGCUGGCUUUUUCUGAAGAUGACAAGAAAUAGUAGCUAGUCGCAAUGUAUUGCAAAUUCGUUACAGUAACUAUGGGUGCGAAGCCCUAUAUAUACCACUAGCUAGUACACAGGCUAAAAAUAGCGACACCAAACUCGCCUUCAUCUAUAAGCCUGCCGCAAAAAGAGGGCCUUGUGUGAUGACCUCUGUGUCCCAAGCUUGGAUUCUUGGCAUGUCCUAAGCUUGGACUCUUGGCGUCUCGUAGGCUUGACUCGCAGCCUUCUCAUAUCUAUAGUCCCAGAAAUAUCAAACGAUCGUAC